UUCUUCCCUGCUUACUCUGAAGCUGAUUCAACAGGACGGCCUUACCGAGAUCUUCGGAACCUUCGCCACAGGAUCAUCGACAGUCUUGAAGCACAUAAAGAGCCCUGGCCCCCCGCCUGCCCCCCACUGGAGCCCAUCAGCCAAGCAGAGCUCGAUGUUUUCUUUGAGACGAACAACGUUCAGCACCUGGCGCUGAUCUUUGAGGAUGUUAACUCGUACGUCGGCCGAGAGGUAACCCUGGACCUGUUACAGUUUGACAACAUUGCUGUGAGGAGGGUCCUGAAAAGUGACCACAGUCUGGUGACCAAACUGGGAGUGACAGAGUUCCCUUCCUGCUACCUCCAUCAGCCAGGAGGCAACUUCACCAGACUGAGAGUCAACUUUGAGGCUCGUGCGUUCUACUCUUACGCCCUCCAGAGGCUGCCGGGUGUGGUGCGUUCAGGGAACCCCCCAAUGGUCCUCACUCAGAUCCACACCAACAGCACCGAGGAGCCCUGGAGACCAUUUAACAGGUCCCGGGUGUAUAUGGCAGACCUGGAGUCGGCUCUGCACUACUCCCUGCGUGUGGAGGUGGCUGCUUUUGACGUUCUCGAAAAGGACACUCUGAAAGCACUCAACAAAUACGUCUCAGUGCUGGCAAAGUACUUCCCAGGUCGUCCCAUGGUGAUGAACUUGUUAAAGUCUCUAAACUCCUGGCUGAAGAAUCAGACUGAUAAUCAGAUUUCCUACGAGGCUUUUAAGCAGGUCCUGGAUAACACAGCACAGGUUCCUCACACGGCGUUGCCUGAAGGAGUUCGAUGGGUGGGCUGUCAGGGGUCGCAGCCCCACUUCAGACGUUAUCCAUGCGGGGUGUGGACUCUCUUUCAUGUUCUCACAGUCCAGGCCAACGCCACCGGAGGCUCAGAUCACCUGGAGGUUCUGAACGCCAUGAGAAACUACAUCCGUCACUUUUUUGGCUGCAGAGAUUGUGCCGAGCACUUCGAGAACAUGGCGAGGGAGGACCUGGCAUCGGUGGACUCUCUGCAGUCAGCGAUGACGUGGUUGUGGUUCAGACACAACCGAGUCAACAACAGAAUAGCAGGUGCACUGAGUGAGGACCCCCUCUUCCCAAAGAUCCAGUGGCCAUCACCAGAAAUGUGUCCAUCCUGUCACACGGUCAGUGAGAGCGGGGAGCACAAGUGGAAAAAGGAGCAGGUUCUGUCCUUCCUGCUGUCGUACUUUUCCUCCAGCAGCAUCCUCACAGACUACCUUGAAGAUGAAACCCAGAUUCUGGAAAAACAAAAAGAAAAACAUGCUCGUCAGCAGGAAGCUGCAGCAGCUCGGAAGCACAGGGAGAGAAAAGCCAGGGAGGCCUUGAACUCCGUGACACUUCCUCCAUCGCCGUCACCUGCUGAAGAGGAGGAAGAGGAAGAAGAAGAAAGUCCACAGGAUGAGGCAGUGGCAUAUGAGGAAGAGGAAGGUGAGGAGGGAGCACAAGCAGCCAGUGAGAUGGAGGGUAAAUCCUCUGAACCAACGUCUUGGGUCCAAACUGAAAUGGACCUGAGCCGUGACCGACGGCAGGCUCCCAGGUUUUCAAGAUUCGCGGGAAUGAGAUUUGGAAAGCCGGAGGGCAACCGUGGGCUUCCGAGCAUCAUCGGGAUGAGGUUCAGAGAAAAGAGGGACGACAUCGUGGAUCUCGACUCGUUUGUCAACCAGCACUUCAAGGACAAAGCUCUGCAGCUGGCCGCUUCCAGUCGGGUUAAACAGCGUACCCUUCAGACGAAGGUGGAGCAGGAGCCCAGGCCCGGCUUCGGUCUCAGCAUGGAGCUGGACACGGCGCUCGGCAUGAUGGGCCUGCAGCCGGUGGACGUGGACCUCGAGGGGAAAGGAAAACGACGGCAGAAACGAGGACUGGCGGGCCAGUACUUUAGAAGGGAAACAGAGAUGACCCACAAAGGGCGCUGGAUGUCUGCUUUAAGUAUCGGCUUCUCAAAUCUGGACAUCAGCCUGUGUGUUGUUCUUUACUCUCUGUCCGCCAUCUGCCUUGUACUUAUGUACCACUUCUUCAAAAACCGCCUGAAGCGACGGCCGGUUAAAAUAGCUUUAGCUUGAUCCAAAAUGUAUGAGAAAUUCACGGGAGCCCACUUAUUUACACUGAUUUUAUGGCCACCAUACAGUAAUUGAAGUCAUCAUAAAGGGAUGUGUUGCAAUCAGCCAGACGGAGGAGGGAAAGAAGGGAAAAUUAUGAUUGCUUUUUUUUUUCUUUUGAGGAAGUUAUGUGAGCUCACAUUUCCUCCACCCUUCAGUGUUUUUCAGGCUGCAGUUUAAACUCUGGAGAAUCUGUGCACAUAUAGUAGAUGUAUAUUUGUUCCUUUCUGUUUGGGUUUCAUGCACCGAUUAAAAAUACUCACCUGUGUGUUAAAAUUUUAUUUCACUACUGAUGGAAAAUAAACCUCACUUUGAUCCAAAUA